UCCAAAAAUAUUUGUUGUUGUCCAGAACCCGCCCAUUCUCUUCCUUAUCCUGUUCCACGUUUGUGAAUAGCUUCAUCCCAAUCUUCUUUUCAGAAGUCGGCGUCAUAUCACUAUCUUUUUCUUUUAUCAUCUCUUUUCAGAUCCCAUGCUUUCAAGAAUUCAAUUUCCCUGGUAAUAUUAAUUCCUCUCACAUACCUCUCUGUUUUCAAAUUCUACAGCUCUUUGUUAUCUUGGGAUUUUAUUAAGUAUUGGGUUCUGAUUUGGAUGACCCAUUUGGCUAUUGAUUUUGAUUGUGAGGAUUAAAGGUCGAAAUUUUUAUUUUUUCCAUCUGGGUUUUGACGCACCAUUGGGAUUUGGAAGGUUGAGGUUGUUGUCUUCGACCAAGUUUUUUUUUUUCUGGGUGAGGAGUGUGGAAUUGGGAAAGUUAAAGUUUGGAGCUUUGAGGGUUUCAUUAGUUAUGGCAAUUUUUGGGGGCUUCUGAUUUGGAUCCCGAAUGGAAGUUUGAGGAUUUGAGGUCAAUUUAUGUUCUUUGGAAUUUGGUUCAGGAUCAAGAGGUUGGCAUCUGUUACUUUUAUCCAUAUUUUGUACUUUAAUAUGUGCAAUUAGGCUUCUUGUUGUUGACUUUGUGAAGAUCUUUGAUCAAAAUUACUGAUUUUUAUAGGGUGCAACAACAUUUAUUGUAUUUUUUUUUUUCAAAAUUCUAUCGUGUAAGCAGACUGAGCAUUAGACAAAAUUAUAGGAGAAAUCAAUUUAUUGAAGUUCAAUUCUAGUUUGAAGAGACAAACCCAUUUUUCACUAUCAUCUUGUGCAUACAAAUUCAGCUAUUUUCUUCUUACAUCUUUAUAGAUUUUUUUAAUUAUUGAGAUUUGGCUUGCCAGGUGACUGUCCAUAUCAUAGUUUCCUAGUUCUUUUGUAGACCUUUAUUAUAUUUCUUCAGCUCUGUAGAUUGAGCUGUGACAUAACCACUCAGUUAUUCACAGACCUGUUUUAUUAACCAAGAUAUGGAUAUUAGUAAUGAUGCCAGUGUUGAUCCUUUUAAAAUUGGACCUUCAUCCUUUAUCGGUCGGACAAUAGCUUUCAGAGUUUUAUUCUGCAAGUCAGUCUCACAUUUGAGGCAUCAAAUAUUUCAUCUGCUGUUGCAUCUCAUCUAUAGAUUUAGGGACUUUGUCACACCCAUGGCAGCAUGGUUGCAUCCCCGAAACCCACAGGGGAUAUUGGCAAUGGUGACAAUAGUUGCCUUUUUGUUGAAACGAUAUGCAAAUGUAAAACAGAGGGCCGAAAUGGCUUAUCGGAGGAAAUUUUGGAGAAAUAUGAUGAGAACUGCAUUGACAUAUGAAGAAUGGGCUCAUGCUGCAAAGAUGCUAGAUAAAGAGACCCCAAAGAUGAAUGAAUCAGACCUGUUUGAUGUAGAAUUGGUGACAAACAAGCUUCAAGAGCUCCGCCAUCGUCGCCAAGAGGGAUCGCUGAGGGAUAUUGUUUUUUUCAUGCGAGCUGAUCUUGUCAGAAACCUUGGUAAUAUGUGCAACCCUGAACUUCACAAGGGUAGGCUUCAUGUGCCGAAACUCAUAAAGGAAUACAUUGAUGAGGUCUCAACUCAGUUAAGAAUGGUUUGUGAUUCAGAUUCAGAGGAGCUAUCAUUAGAAGAGAAGCUUGCUUUCCUGCAUGAAACAAGACAUGCCUUUGGGAGGACAGCUUUGCUUUUGAGUGGGGGUGCUUCCCUUGGAUCUUUUCAUGUUGGUGUGGCUAGAACACUCGUAGAGCAUAAGCUUUUGCCUAGGAUAGUUGCCGGCUCUAGUGUAGGAUCCAUUGUGUGUGCUGUGGUCGCCACUAGGUCUUGGCCAGAGCUGCAAAGUUUUUUUGAAGAUUCUUUGCACUCAUUGCAGUUUUUUGAUCAGAUGGGUGGGAUUUUUACGGUCGUGAAGCGGGUGAUGACACAAGGGGCUGUCCACGAGAUCAGGCAGUUGCAGAAGAUGUUAAGGCAUCUAACAAGUAACCUUACAUUUCAAGAAGCGUAUGAUAUGACAGGUCGAAUACUUGGGAUAACCGUUUGCUCCCCUAGGAAGCAUGAGCCACCUAGAUGCCUUAACUACUUGACUUCCCCUCAUGUUGUUAUAUGGAGUGCAGUGACUGCUUCUUGUGCCUUCCCUGGUCUCUUUGAGGCUCAGGAGCUAAUGGCAAAGGAUAGAAGUGGAGAUAUUGUUCCUUAUCACCCACCAUUUAAUUUGGAUCCAGAGGAGGGCUCGGGCACUACGCGUCGAUGGAGGGAUGGUAGCCUGGAGAUUGAUUUACCUAUGAUACAAUUGAAAGAACUGUUCAAUGUGAAUCAUUUUAUUGUCAGUCAGGCAAAUCCUCAUAUUGCACCAUUAUUGAGGCUAAAGGAAUUUGUGAGAGCUUAUGGAGGCAACUUUGCUGCUAAGCUUGCUCAUCUUGCCGAAAUGGAGGCGAAACAUAGAUGUAACCAGAUAUUGGAACUUGGUUUUCCUUUGGGGGGACUUGCCAAGCUGUUUGCUCAAGAUUGGGAAGGUGAUGUCACCGUUGUUAUGCCUGCCACACUUGCUCAGUAUUCAAAAAUUUUACAAAACCCAUCUUACGUGGAGCUCCAAAAGGCAGCAAACCAAGGGAGAAGGUGCACUUGGGAGAAGCUUUCUGCCAUAAAAUCGAACUGUGGGAUUGAACUUGUCCUUGAUGAGUGUGUUGCAAUUCUCAACCACAUGUGUAGACUCAGAAGGAGUGCUGAGAGAGCUGCUGCUUCUUCUCAUGGCCUAAUCAGCACCACAAAAUUUAGUGCUUCAAGACGAAUUCCUUCUUGGAAUUGUAUCGCACGAGAGAAUUCAACUGGAUCCCUUGAAGACCUUACGGAUGUUGCUUCCUCGUUUCAUCAUGGAGUUGGUGGAUCCACUGGAGUAGGACAUUCUGCUAAAAGUAUGCGAACUUACCGGAAUAUGCAUGAUGGAAGUGAUAGUGAAUCUGAAAGUGUUGAGUUAAAUUCUUGGACAAGAUCUGGUGGGCCCUUGAUGAGGACAACUUCGGCAGAAAAGUUUAUACACUUUGUCCAAAAUUUGGAUAUGGAUACUGAGAUGAACAGAGGUUUUGCAUUACAAAUAGUCGCCAACAAUCAAUAUUAUCAUAGCCCAAGGGUGACAACACCUGAUAGAAGCACAGAAAGCACAGAGUUUGAUCAGAGGGAUUUUGGCAAUAAAGUCACCGUUAAUGGUCCUAGCAUAAUGGUGAAUGAAGGUGAUCUUUUACAGCCUGAAAGGACUCAUAAUGGGAUUGUGUUCAAUGUUGUCAAGAAAGAAAAUUUAACAGCAUCAACUAGAAGUCACGACACGGAAAGUUACAACAGUGACGUUCCUGAAUGUGUUCAACUUGACUGUCUUGAAAAGGAGAUUGAUGCCAGUUCUGGAUCAGAAUUUGGCGAGGAAAAUGUCAUUACAACUGACAUUCCAGAUGGGACAAUUCCGGAUUGUAUCACCGAGGACCAUUCUGUCGGAGAUGAUUGUAUCAACAAGCAUGCUGUAGAUAGUUGAUUUUGAGAGCCAUUUUGCUUCAAUGAUUCUUUAUUUAACCAUUGGUUACUUCAUUGUAGCCAUUGAAAUGUGGGACAAUGCCUUCCACAAAAUGGUAGAAGUGAUGCAUAAAGCUGUUUAUUCUGUAAUCCUAAUCAUGCAUGUAGUUUAUCAGCAUAUAAACACCAUAGUUGAAAAUGUCAUGCUUAUUUUUCAAUGAAUGAAUCAGAUCUGUGCGCGCUCGAGCAAAA